AUGAGUUUAUCCCCCGGCCUCUGCAUCAGCUUGCACUCUAAAAAGACAAAAUCCAGAAAUCUUUCAGAAUCUUAUAAGCAGUCAAUUGAUUUUCGCCAUCCCUUCUCUUGUAACGUACAGGUACCACUAAAGACACUUGUAGUGGUUCAUAGGCUUCUACGAGAGGGGGACCCUACAUUUCGGGAAGAGCUUCUUAAUUUUACACAAAGGGGGCGUAUUCUGCAGCUCUCAAACUUCAAGGAUGACUCCAGUCCAAUUGCUUGGGACUGUUCCGCAUGGGUUCGCACAUAUGGUCAGUUUUUGGAGGAAAGAUUGGAAUGCUUCAGGAUCCUGAAAUAUGAUGUUGAGGCUGAGCGUUUAUCCAAACAAGGUCAAGGUCCUGAAAAGGGACAUAGUAGAACCAGAGACCUAGAUUCCCAGGAUCUGUUAGAGCAGUUGCCAGCUUUGAAGCAGUUACUGUAUCGGCUUGUUGGAUGUCGCCCAGAAGGAGCUGCGAAUAAUAACUACUUGGUGCAAUAUGCUCUAGCUUUGCCAAUUUGUGCUCUUCAACCUAUCUAA